ACCAGUAGACAGCCUUUCUCGUCUGCGACAAAACUACUAUAGUCAAUACUAAUCCGACAGAGCACGAUCUGACUUGUAUUCCUAUGGAUCCGUGUUUGCGCUGCAACAACUAUCAGUGCAGGGCUCGCGUGACGCAGCAAGCGGUAGUGACCACUUGCAGUCAUAUAUUUUGCUCGGCGUGUGCUGAGGUCUCUUUUCGAGUCAAUGAACCGAAGAUAUGCCCUGCCUGUGAAACUCCACUGAACGGGCCUGAGGACGUUGUCGCAACUAUCCUGAACCCGUCGGACGAUUAUAAAACAAGCGUCCUCGCUGGAUUGAGCCCUUCUGUUAUAAGCGAUAUCAGCUCACGGGCGCUUUCUUUCUGGACUUACCAAUGCUCUCACGAGAUGAUGUAUCAAGAUUACUACAUGCGGGCACUCACCGAGAAAAACGACAAACUAAAUCAGCAUAUCGACAAGCUUGUUCAUGACGCCAAUUCUGAAAUAUCUGGUCUUUUGAACCGCAUAACGAAUGUAGAGAAGGACAAGUCUGAGCUGGAGAAGAAAAAUGCCGAAUUAGCCGACACGUUGCAUGACAAAACUCUGCAGUUUGGCAAGCUUCAAGGCCUCUAUGAGCGCCUGAAGCGCAAACUUCCGAUCGGAGGUAAGAUCUCGAGCUCUUCAGUCACUAACGAGAAAGUCGCGCUUAGAGAGCCUGCUUAUAUACGUCCCUCGAUGAACUCAUACCCAAUGCCAGAGACCACUCCACGCCGGAGAUUCCUUGCUCGUGGCCCUUCUCCUCGCAAAAGUGCAGACAGGCUGUGCGAACCACAAAGGACGCCCGUGCGUCAGCCACUCGCGUCAGUUCAAAACCUGCUGCUUACCCCGAGCACCCUUCGAAGCGGACGAAUGUCUGAUGGAAGCGGAGCAAGCUCUGACAGCCUGCCGCAUAGAUACUAUGCGUCUAGUGUGAGAUCAGGGUCUGGCUUUUGAUGUUCUUACUUUCAGCAGAACGCGUCUGACAAGAUCGAGAUUUACUGUUUGCUAUUUAUUCACUUGUUACUAUCUAUUUCUUGCUUUAUUACCGUUACUUUCUAAUGGUUUGCUGUACAAUUUCUCGCAUGUAACACGGAACGGGUGGUAGAUAAUCUAAUGAGAUCACUUUUAUCUGAUCAACUAGCACACGUGAUGCAGAAAUUGCCAUCUACACUAUUUUAAAAAGAUAUUUCCGCUAA